GCGCGGGGCGGGGCGCUCAUCCCGGGCCCGGUGCGCGGGCGCUCGCUCCGCAGGACGGGAGCGCAUUCCCGCGGCGCGCAUUCCCGCGGCGCGCAUUCCCGCGGCCAUGGACGAGGAGCGGGAGACCCUGCAGAGGAUUGUCAGUGCUCUAGUGAACAAAAAGAAUGAAAUUCACAGCUUCAUUGACAUGCUGAAGCAAACAAUAUCAAAUAUUCAGGUAAACUCCUCUCAUGCCAUCAGCGAGCUGGAUGAGGAAUUUGAUGGUCUGUGUUCUGUCCUACAUGAGAUGGAGGGGAGCAUGGUCAACGCUAUUCAGCAAGAAGAAGCUCGUAAAAUUCAAGCUCUGGAGGAUCAGCAGAAGCAGUGCAGCUGUGCCCUGGAGAACUCAGAAGAGCUGCUGGAACUUGCUAUGAAGUCACUGGACAUAAAUAACCCCGUGGAGCUCUUAGAGGCUGCCAGACAGAUCAAAGAUAGAGUCGCGGUGGCUUCAUCAUUCCGCCUCUCUCUGGAACCAGAAGUCAGUGACAGUAUGACUCAUAUGAUGGUGGACUUCACCCUGGCAAAGCAGAUGCUCCAAGCUCUGAAGUUUUUGCCAGUCCCUAAAGCUCCAGAGAUAGAUGUAGCAGCAUGUCUGGUUGCUGACAACUGCAUAACAAUAUCAUGGAGAAUGCCUGAUGAGGAGAGCAGAAUUGAUCAUUUUGUGCUGGAGUAUAGGAAAACCAACUUUGAUGGGCCCCCACGACUAGAAGGGGAACAGCACUGGGAGCUGGUUGACUACAUUAAAGCUACUCAAUACACAUUGUCAGGUUUGAAAUUUGAUACAAAAUACAUGAACCUUAGAGUACAAGCUUGCAACAAAGCAGCGGCAGGUGAAUACUCCGACCCUGUGACUCUGGAAACCAAAGCAUUUGUGUUCAGUUUGGACAGUACUUCAUCUCAUGUGAACUUGAAAGUUGAAGACACCUAUGUUGAAUGGGAUUCUACUGGAGGCAAAAACCAAGAAAAAAUAAAAGGGAAGGAAAAUAAAAACAGUGGCCAGAAUCCUCUGCUGAAGAGCAAUAGAAGAAGCAACACAGCGUCUCCGAAUAAAUCCACUAACAGCCCAAGGGCCUCGGCGAGGGCCAGCCAGGAUCGCUUUGCUGGUGAAUCCUACACAGUGCUGGGAGACACUGCUAUUGAAAGUGGACAGCAUUACUGGGAAGUGAGAGCCCAGAAGGACUGCAAAUCCUACAGCGUGGGAGUAAUGUACAAAAACCCGGGGAAGUUUGACCAGCUGGGAAAGACUAAUUCCAGCUGGUGCAUCCAUAUCAACAACUGGCUGCAAGCCACAUUGUCAGCAAAGCAUAACAAUAAAGCAAAGACUCUAGAUAUACCUAUCCCAGAUGGAAUAGGAGUAUACUGUGACUUUGAUGGAGGUCAGCUCUCAUUUUAUAAUGCAAGCUCAAAGGCAUUGUUACACACCUUCAGAACAAAGUUUACCCAACCAUUGCUACCAGGCUUCAUGAUCUGGUUUGGUGGCCUCACAGUGACCACUGGAUUGCAGGUGCCAAGUGCUGUGAAAACUCUUUCAGAGGAGUGAAAAUGGAUUGGGUGGUUCAACAAGCAGCCUAAACAAUGUUGCCUAAUGCAGUCUGUUGAACACUUCUACUGCUGAAUGUUUUUGUUUUUGUGUAGUUUCUACUCACAGAAGCUUGUGAGCAUUGGAUUUUGCUGUGUUUGCUACCUUCUGCUGUUUAGGGCCUGGGUACUGAUAGUGCAAAGGUUUGGGGCUAAAGUGUUAGGAACCAGUGCUGGAAUCCAGAAAAAGUGUCAGAAAGCUGAGCUGUUGCC